AUGCCAUCCGAAACCCCCCAGGGAACCCUAAUGGAUCAUGAACGAGAUGCAGCAGAGGAGGAGUGGACAUACUUACGUUUGCACGUUAACGAUAUGCGCAAAAAGAUAAAAAUUUCUCACAGCUUCGAUGUAGAAUAUUGGACAUCGGUAGCAAAAGCAAGUGAGCUCUCGGUUAAAUUUUACGAGGCCGAAAUGAAUCUUGCAAAACGGAUGUGGGAGGAAGACGAAGUAGCUGGUGAUACGGAGAGUUGGCGGACCACAGUUGAAGCACAUGCCAUAGUCGACCGAAUAAAGGCAUCAAACUACGAAAAGGUGUGCUACGAAAAACAAGCAGAACUAAUUCGAAAAGGGGGUCCGGUUCAGCAUGACUUCGAAGUCCUAUUUAAUGCUAGCCAAAUUGGCCUUGAUGUUGACAUAGCAGAUGUUGGAAAACGACCAAGAAGUGCACAGUUAAGAUUUAGGCAAGAUUUAAUUCAGGCUUACGACGCAGAAGUCCAUUCGAAGAAGCCUCUUGCGCACAGCAUGAUAUUUGACAGUGCAACCGGUCGUCACAAGCAAAAGGAACUAAUCAAAGCGACCCAUCUCGUCCCGCAUUCUCUGGGGGAAGACAUACUGGCAGCGCUUUUCGGGGAUGACGUCAGGGGGGAGCUAGAUACCCCCUACAACGGCCUGCUUCUUAACACCGCUGCUGAAAAGGCCAUGGACGAUGGAGCCAUUGUAAUUGUACCAGAUCUGCCCGACGAUCCAUCGGUAGAAGAAGUGACUGCCUGGGAAAGUACGUCACCGAAGGACUACAAGUGGAGAAUCAUGGACCCCGAUGCAGACAUAUUAAACAGCGUGGUGCAAGAAUCCACAGAAACCCUCCCUGAGCCUAUCCUGAUGCGCGACCUCGACGGACAGAAACUCGCAUUCAAAAACGAUUUUCGCCCAAGAGCCCGAUACCUAUAUUUCUUGUUCGUGGCUGCUCAAUUACGACUAGCAUGGAGGCAUGAAUACCGCAGAGACACGAGUAAAGUGUUACCGAAUCAGCUCGAAAAAGGAUUUUGGGCUACAAAAGGUCGCUAUCUAAAACGCUCUUUUCUGCUUGCGUUGGCGAACGAAAUUGGUCUUGACACUGACGUCGUAAAGAACAUCCCGGCGGUGUCCGGAGGUGACGACAACGCUGAUGAUACUGGGAUUGUUGGGAUCGCGAAGUGGUUGCAGUUUGAGGGACGUAGAGAGAAAGAUGAACUGGAAACGGACUACGGGAGCGAAGAUACGGAGGAAGAAUAAGCCCGCGCAUGCUAAAAAUAAUGAAGUACUAUCACACGAAAAGCUCUAAAAAGGACAUUGGGAAUAGCCACCUUUUCAA